AUGGUUGCGAGCAACUCUCAAGUGCAACAGCAACAACAAGCUCCCGCCUACACGGGCGAUUUCCUGUGGGUCAACCAUGAUCAGAAGAGCAGGAAGGCUUUGCCACAUCGCAAAAGAGUCUUUGGCCACGUCCAACGAAGCUAUCGCAAAUGGAAGAGGAUCCGCGAUAACCAACAGUUGCAAGCGUCCAUUCAGCUGCCUGGAACAAGGUCGAUCUCCCAACAACCUCGUCCCAUUGCUGGCAAUGAAGCACAAACCGAGUCGAAUACACUUGCUCCUCUUGAGCAUGGUGAUGAUCCAGCUCCGUCCGACCUUCCUAGUCCCCUUACACUCAUUCGUCACGGCAACUCGGAUCCUUUCUCUUGUUUCUCCUUCUCCAUCACUCCGCGCGUGAACGAGGUCAUAUCAUUCAUCCGAGACAUUCAGCUGCCGACGCUAUACUACUCUCCCUACUUCCGCGAGGCAAGCCGCUUCCCCUCGACACGUUCAGAUGUCACCAAAUCGCCCAUGGGAUGGAUCUCCACACCGGCGGCCGUUCAGUCGUGGAAGCACAUCGUCCAAGGACUGCACGAUCAGUGCACGGCGCUCGCUUGUCUAAGCACAUACCUGGCCAUGAUGGUGACUUGUGGUAUCAAAGAGACGGGCUACAUGAAAUACAGCCUGGAACUGCGAAAUACCAGCUCGAAAAUGCUCAGACAGAGCAUCCUUCGGAGUGAUCCCAUGCACCAGGGCCCACUGGCCAAGAUGACUCUUCUUCAACAAGUCUUCUGGCACUUCUACGCCGAGGCUUCGGCAAGAAAUCUUGACGCUGCCCUGGUGCAUGGACAAAUGCUGAGGAAAUUGAUGGACGAGAGUCCGGGGGCUGUAACUCCGCAUUUCUUCAUGCUGGCAAUGUUUGUCGACAUCCACUUGAGUUCGGCUCAUCGUAGGAAACCUAUCUUUGAGUACGAGACGUUUGGGCCAAAGGUAUACAAGGCCAUGUGGGAUGGAGUCGACCCAUAUAUCUUCCUGCUCGCGGGGAAAGAAACCAUUCCAGAAGCCACAGACGGUGUAACUGCAGCCACGCCUUUGGACAUGGUGGUAUCGAUGGAACCCCUUCGGAGCCUCCUCAUCCGUCGACGACAGGCCAUCGCGUUGGCAAAGUUGAUCGCUCAGGCCGAGGGCCCUAGCAUUAAUACCACAGCCAUCUUCUUUUGGGUGGCAUCCCAUGCGUAUAUUGACGAGGGGUUCUUCACGAAUUACUAUUUUGACCAGGUCAAGGGGACUUCGAUCAGCUUAAGCAGUGUUCUCUCCGUGUCCACCACCACGAGUAUUGCGGAAAUCUCAGAUGCAAUGCCACAGUCCGAAUGCAGCCGCUUGACGGAAGCCGCAGUUGCAAUGGCAGCACUCUACCUCAUGCGAGUGCUAGGUCUCUUUGACAUGUGGAUCAAUGGCCAGAAUUUCUACGAUCCCGCAGCAUCGCGUGAGACUCUUCUGUUCGACGCUCUUACCGCCGCGUUUCGAGUAGGCAGUCCUCAGGAGCUGCUCAUCCACGCGAACGCACAUUUAUGGUGUCUAUUCGUGGGCGCGAUAGCGGAGUGGCAAAGCGUUCUUCCAGGGAGUGCUGGCAGGAGACGAGGGAGUUAUGGAUCAAGAGCACUGCUUUCUGGGGCGGAAGGGUCUCAUCUGCAGAGAGUUGAUAGCGGCUUCGCCGAGGAUGUAGCUCACAUUGAAGGGGAAGAUGAAGACGCGUCGACCAUGCUGUUCAACACUCUUUUUGCAAGACAAGCGCGAAUGAUGAGCCUCCUAAGUUGGGAGCAGGUGGUUCCCGUUCUGAAGAUGUUUGCAUAUGGAGACUUCUUACAGCCACAUGGCAGCCGGUGGUUCUGGAGAAGUAUGGGGGCACAUUUGGAUGAGUUGAAGCAUGGUCAUUGA